AUGGAGUCGGCCUCAUCCUUGUCCUUAGCUCUCCACUUCCUUUCUUUCAUCCUCCUCUUCAGCACAGCGGAGAGUGUUAACCUGGAGGGUCCCCUGAUGAAGGACCUGAUGCGGGGUUAUAACAAGAACAUCCGUCCAGCCAAGUGGAAUGCCAACAUCACCCAAGUGGCGCUCAAACUGACUCUUACCAACCUCAUCUCUCUGAAUGAACGAGAGGAGGCCCUCACUACCAGCGUGUGGGUUGAAAUGCAAUGGUAUGACUACCGUCUGAAGUGGGACCACAUGCCAGUGUAUGAAAAUGUUACUCUUCUGCGCAUUCCUUCCAAAUACAUCUGGCUGCCUGAUAUCAUACUAGAAAACAACAUGGAUGGAAAAUUUGAAAUCGCUCUAUACGUCAAUGCCCUCGUUGACCCCUCUGGCCAUGUGUCCUGGUUGCCCCCAGCUAUCUACCGCAGCGCCUGCUCCAUUAAAGUCAACUACUUCCCUUUCGACUGGCAGAACUGCUCAAUGGUAUUUCGCUCCCAGACCUACAACGCUAAUGAGAUUGAACUACUUCUCAUAAAGGAUGAAAAGGGUCAGAUGGUGGAGUGGAUUGAGAUUGACCCAGAGGCAUUCACAGAGAAUGGUGAAUGGGUCAUCAAACACAGACCUGCCAAGAAGAUAAUAAACAAUCGCUACAACAGGGACGAGUUGGAGUUCCAGGAGUUGGUCUUCUUCCUGAUCAUCCAGAGGAAGCCACUGUUCUACGUGAUCAACCUCAUUGUGCCCUCUGUGCUCAUCUCCUCCCUGGGCCUGCUGGUCUACUUCCUCCCUGCUAAAGCUGGUGGGCAGAAGUGUACCAUGUCAAUCGCCAUACUCCUGGCGCAAACUGUUUUCCUCUUCCUCAUUGCCAAGAAAGUUCCAGAAACAUCGCAGGCUACGCCACUUAUUGGAAAGUACUUGAUAUUUGUCAUGUCAGUGACCACCAUUGUGGUGAUGAAUUGUGUAAUUGUGCUGAAUGUCUCCCUGCGAACUCCCAACACCCACCUAAUGACAGACAAAGUCCGGAAGGUCUUCUUAAACAUCCUGCCACGGAUGCUCCACAUGCGGAUGAGACCCUGGACCCCGGCAGAUCCGCCCUCGCGACGACGCAGCUCCCUGGGCCUCAUCGCCAAGGCGGAUGAGUACUUCCUGAAGACGGCCCGCUCUGAGAUCAUGUUCAGCAAGCUCAGGGAGAGGAACGGGCUGAUGAGGGUUGUGUUGGAACAGAUUCAGAACGGUCUGCAGGGGGACACUGCACAGGAUGUGUGCGCCAGUCUUGCCCAGGCCUCUUCAGCAGUGAAGCAGUGUGUUGCUUCUUGCAAGCACAUCACUGAGAGCAUCGACCAACAGAACCGCUUCCAGAAUGAGAACGAAGAAUGGUUCUUGGUGGCACGAGUAAUCGACCGGGUCUGCUUCUUUGGCAUGGCACUCCUGUUCAUCUUGGGCACGAUUGGUAUCUUCCUCAUGGGUCAUUUCAACAAGGCCCCCUCCAUGCCUUUUCCAGACGACCCAAAGACAUACUUACCCAAGUGAAACCGCAGAAUGUUUGGCAGGGAGACGGUUACAUGUUGGAAACAGUGGUCUUUGUCUGCAUUGCUAUGCUGGCUGAAGAAGUUUGUUCACACUCCUUCAUGAAAAUCCACAAAAAAUUAGGCCAGAUUUGUUGAUUGUGACGACAUCAUUCAAUAUUAAAGACAUGAAGGUGGGAAUGUGGUCAAUGCAUAGGAUAUCUCUGUUUAAACAUAAGUGAGUUUUUAUUCCUCGUAUAAGGAUGUUGGUACUGUUGUAUUACAUCUUCUUUCGUUCCUUCUUCUAUGGUAUGCUAAACCAAAAAAAUCUGAAAUGCUUGGGAAGAAAUUCAAUGAAGGAGCUAUGUAGCAGUGUGGGAAGAUGAAGGAAUCGGACUUGCCACCAGAAGGUUGCAGGUUUAUAUUUUGGGCAGGACACCAUGGUUGUAUCCUCGCACAAGGUAUAACAUUUGAGAAAACAUCCUGCUGUUUGAAUGGAAUGUGACGAUGUGGAUUAUAUCACCAGUGUUUUAUAAGUGCUGCAAGCAAAUAAUGUCAACAGCUCGGACCGGAGAAACAUGACUACAAAAACUUGAAAGCUUCAGAAACGUACUGUACAUUAAGAAUCAUUCUGCAUU